AUGGCAGCCCUUGAUUCUGUCCUUGGUCCUGUGGUAGUGGUUGUCCAAUAUGCACUUGCGUUGGCACUCAUUCAACACAGCAGCAAGAAUCCCAGCAAGAACAGGAACGGCUCAAGACUUUUGUUCUCUCUCAGAAUCUGUUUCAGCUCUCUCUUUAUGAUGAGAUUAGGGUUACAGAAUGUGUUUGACAAGAGUAGGACAAAUUAUAGAGUGAUACGGUAUCACCACGUCAGCUGGUGA